AUGGAUCACUCCAGUCACUCAGGCAUGUCGUCCUCUUCGACCAUGACCAUGCCUAUGGUCUUCACCAACGCUCACGACACCCCGCUAUACUCCUCGGCAUGGACACCAGCUUCCAAUGGUGCUUACGCGGGCACUUGCAUCUUCCUCAUCAUCCUCGCCAUUAUCAAUCGCUGUCUGGUCGCGUUCAAGGCCUACCUGGAGCACUACUGGUUGGCUGCUUACCUCAAUCGCCGCUAUGUUGCCAUUGCCGGGAAGACAUCUGAAGCAGGCCGGAUAGACGCGGAUCCGGACGCAAAAAUGGCUUCUCUGGUGACUGCGCAGGGCGUGGAAGAGUCGGUCAAGGUGGUGCGUCGCGUUUCACGAGGGACUGUCCCCUGGAGGUUCAGUGUCGAUGUCCCGCGCGCAGCCAUCUUUCUGUGUAUCACAGGCGUGUCAUAUCUACUCAUGUUAGCGGUGAUGACCUUUAACAUUGGAUAUUUCUGCUCCGUCCUGGCUGGUGCUUUCCUGGGAGAGCUUGCCGUUGGACGGUUUAUCCAAUGGAACGAGCACGACCACUGA